AAUACAAACUAUGUCGCUCAGUUCUCAUAUUACAAAGCUCUCUACACUCAGAAUAGGGUAGAUUUGCGUGUGCCUGAACAAUAGUUGUCCGAUAAGCCGAGUUUUAUAAAUAGACCCGAGUCCGGCAAGCUGGUUUGUAUGCCGCUCAGUUUACUUGUGGAUGCAGGGCUGAGCACAGAUCUCCGAAUGAAUGCGCAUUUAUUUGUUGGGCUGCUUUUAGCGCUUAUCUGGACGAACGGUGCUCAAUCUCUGCACAGACUUGCGGCUAUGAAGGACGUAAAGUGCGAUGACAGCGUUCCGGGACGUCCUCUGAAUUUAACUGCAAUGUCGGGUUAUUGGUACGAGGCAGGACGCGCACCCAAAGUUAGUGUUUUGAAAUGCUUGAAUGUCUCGGUGCCAGCAACUGCGGAUAUAAAACUAAAACUGAAGUUGGAAUACAUAAGCACCAUAGCUGAUGAAAUUAAUGCUGUUAAGGAGACAAUUUCGUUUCCCUGGGAUGAUUUAACAAAAAACAGCAUUUUUGUGUUAAACUAUGGCGACGCAUCCAAAUUUCCCAUCUCAGUCACCUACAAAGUGGUUUAUAGCGACCCUCAACUGUUGACCGUGCUCUGCGGCUACUCGAGCAUGUCGCCUAUGCCGCUCGUCAAGAUCUUGUCGCGUCAGCGCCAGUUAAGUAGCGAUGUAAUUGAUAAUAUUCAAGCGAAAAUCGACAAGGCGGGCUUAAGCGAUUAUUUUAUUUGGACAGAACAAUCACCGGAACGUUGCAAUGCUGCAGUGCGUCCGGCCACAGAAGCGGCUACAAUGCUCGCCGUGUUGACUCUUCUAUGGGGUCUGCUCCAAAACAAUUGUCGUUUAUAGUGUGGAAUAUAUGCUUAUCUUUUAUACCGACUAAUUCAAUAUAUACCGACUCAGUAAAUAUAUAUAAAUCAUAUAAA